GCCUGUCAAAAGCGUUGCAUUGUUGACCAAAACAACUCCGCAGAAAAUUUCGGUGUGGAAAUUUUCUGAUAAGCUGGAAAAUAAAUUCUCAAUCCGGUACGGUGCGUGUGUUCGUGUGUGUGUGUGUGGGUGUGCUAUUUUCGCGACGUGAAGAAAACAGGUGUUUGCUGUGAUUGUGUGCUUCUGUGAGCCCCCCGACCCGACGGAUCAUCGCUCCCCGCAAACAGAUAAAGUGAGCCUGCGGGACCAGCUGAGCUGUACGGAACGAUAGUGUGUGUAUGUGUGUCAGUAAGAAAGUGUGAGAGGGAGAGAAAGCGUGGCCCGGGACGGGCAGGAGGUCCUCACACACACACACACACGCUCGUGUUUAUGUAAUUUAUGCUCAUAUCUCCCGGAGCUGUCACGAAAACGCCCGUUCCUCCGUGCACACAAAGCGCAAUCCCGAUAAAGGCAAAGGCAACGCUGCUCUACAAACCCGGCCAGUCGUCGUGCGCUUUGUGUUCUGCUGCUGUUUGUCAUCCUCCCUGCCAUCCCUCUGUCCCGCAGUUUCUCCGCCGUAAGCAACCGGCCAGUCGUGUGCGUGCGUGCGGUGUGAGAUGCGAUACGGAAGCGGGUAGAGCGAGCGGGACAGCGAGCGAGUGCAAGCGUAGAGCACCAAGACGCACCCGACAGUGGCUGAAGGGAGGACGGUGCAUUUCUGAUAAGCUGUACGACCUCUGACUUGCCCUAAAACGGCCUGGGUCCGAGAAGGUUCUACCGUGCCGUGUCAACCGUACGGCCCUUUUACGAUCGCCACACGCCUAGGUUUGAGGCGAGGGCGGAAAGCAGCUCACGGUCGCUAUCCAAUAGUGCGGAACAGCUGAUACACCCAACCAUACACACACGGACACAAAAUCCCCCGCGUCAGUGCAAUCGGAAAGCAACAUGAGCUUGGUUUAAGGUCACACACGCGCGUCCACCCAAUCAACCUCCCACUCGCGCGCGCGCACGCGUGUGUAUGUGUGUGUGUGUGUGAUCAGCACGAUCAGCAUUGUCACCCAGCCGGCCCAACCCGGGGCCCAACAUCAACCCCUUGAGUUGCCCUAGUACGCAGCAUCCCAGCAAGAGCCGCUCCACUUAGCACAGCAUGGUGGAACCGAUGUUCGAUUACCAAUUCCGGCACAUUCUCAUCGGGGACAGCACGGUCGGCAAGUCGUCGCUGCUCAAGUACUUUACCGAUGGCAAAUUUGCAGAGCUUUCCGAUCCGACGGUAGGGGUCGAUUUCUUUGCCCACCUGAUCGAGGUGAUGGACGGCACCCGGAUCAAGCUGCAGCUGUGGGACACGGCCGGCCAGGAGCGGUUUCGCUCGAUCACCAAAUCCUACUACCGGAACUCGGUCGGCGUGCUGCUCGUGUACGACAUCACCAACCACGCCAGCUUCGAGCACAUCCCGCUGUGGAUGAUGGAGGCGAAGCGGCACAUCGAGCCGCACCGUCCGGUGUUUGCGCUGGUCGGCUGCAAGCUCGAUCUCGUCACGAGCGGGGCGCAGCAGCGCGAGGUCAGCAUCGAGGAGGCGCGCACGUUCGCCGAGCAGCACGGGCUGAUCUUCGUGGAGACGUCUGCCCGGUCCGGCAUGAACGUGCGGGAGGCGUUCACGCUCGUCACGCAGGAGGUGUACAACCGGAUCAAGAGCGGCGAGUACAAGGUCGAGGACGGCUGGGACGGCAUCAAGAAGGGCUUCAUGCGGCCGAACAAUCUCGACUUCAACCUGGUGGUGGCCGAAUCCGCCCGAAGUACCUGCUGUUAGUUGGGUCGGUUUUGGGGCGGGCGGGGGUAAACCCUUUUUUUUUCUUUCCAAUCACGCCACUUCUGUAACACACCGCUCCGUACGCACCUUCCUGUAAGCGUACGUGGUACACACAGAUACACACACACACAGACAUACACAAAAGCUCGUGUGGCACCAUACUUUGAGCGGUGCGAUCCAAAGAACCAAAACAGAUGCGCAAUUUAGGUAAAAUCGGCAACGAACGGGCAACAACGGACGGUUUGAAUCCUGGCUUCCCGCUCUUCCUCGAGCAACGUGCUUGCAGGGGGGGGGGGGGGGGGGUGGAGUGACUUUUUUCCGGUUACGUUUUACCCACUUCCGCUUUUAAUUCAGGCAGGGAGGCGCUCAGUUUUAUUCCUUUCGUUACAUUUUAUUAUAAUGGAAAAUGAUUUAAAUGGCUGUACACACACAUACACACAGCACACGGUUCAGCUGUGUUUUUGGUGGAAAGUUUUGCAACAAAAAAAGGGGGAAGCUUUUAAAAUGAAACAUCGUUGGCCAACAAAAAAAAAAACAAAAAAAGGAAGAAGAAAUCCGUUACCAAGGUUUGCCACGUGGUUACCGAGAGAGAAUCACGAGGCGCUUGCCGGUGAGGUGGAAAAAUGUACACUCCCGGUGGGGGAGGAAGAUGUUUCUAUGUGAUAUUAUUUGUGUACAUGUUCUGUGUUCGCCCUGUGUGUGUGUGUGUGUGUGUGUGUGUGUGUGUGUGUGUGUGUGCAUGUGUGCGUGUAUGUGUUUGUAUGUGUCCGAUUUUGGGUGGGCAAAGUGGGCAAAACGGAUCGUAAAAUGUGAACUUUUUCAUACACAUGAGGAAAAAACAAAAACAAACCACCAAACAUCUAGAAAACGAAACUAACAAAAACGGAACAUCGAGAACAGAAGAGGGUAGGUUGGGGAGCGUUGUUUAGGAGAUGAUGAUCUUUAUACGAGCGCGCUAGAACACACGGGAUAUAAAAUUCAAUUAAAAAAAGGCAUUGUAAUUGUAAAAAAAAACAAAAACGGUAAACCAAAAACAAAAAAAUCAUUUAAAAAAUACCAACAAAGCAUUAAACAAUUAAUCACUUUUUAACGGACUGUUUUUGUGUGUCUGUGUGUGUGUGUGUGUGUGUGUGUGUGAGUGGGUACCCAUACACUCGAGGCGAGGGGCGAUUUGAGUACCCCCUUGGAUCCCUUCGCAAGUAGAAGGUAAAAAAAAGAAAAACGAAUUGUGAGAAGUAAACAUUAAACACGUUUCAAUAAGGCCGUUCGAAGGAUACCAUUCCCCAUUGGGUGGUUAAUAUAGGGUACGUGUGGGUGUGUGUGUCAAACCUUUGAAAUUCUCUUGCUAACAUGCGAUCGCAGUCAUGUAUAUACGUAAGGUACUCAACAGCAGGACUAGUAAGCGGUGGCAAACGCUGGGUGUGUGUGUGUGUGUCGAGGGAUUCUUUCCGGGAGAAAGCGAAGAACGGAGAACGAACGGCGGGGAAGAAGGGUGCAUAUUUUUUUUGUGUUUUCGUAUAAAUGUUUAUGUUGUCCACGAAGCUAUAAUGCAGCCGGACUCUAAACUGCACGGUAGAGUUAAAACCAAUAAAUACAUAAUUAUAACAAGGCA